AUGUUUUUUAUAGGAUGGAUCAACACUGCUAGUAUGAAUAUUGGGCGAUUUUAUCACACAGCAUCCGUAUUAAUAAAUGGAAAAGUGUUAGUUGUUGGUGGAGUCAGUAGUACAUAUCUAAAUAGUGCCGAGUUGUAUGAUCCAUCAACAGCAACUUGGACAAACGCCAGUAGUAUGAAUUUUGGACGAUAUUAUCACACAGCAUCCGUAUUAGCAAAUGGAAAAGUGCUAGUUGCUGGUGGAAUUGGUAAUGUUUCUCUAAAUAAUGCCGAGUUGUAUGAUCCAUCAACAGGAAAUUGGACAAGCACUGGUAGUAUGAAUUUUGGACGAUUUUUUCACACAGCUUCCGUAUUAUUAAAUGGAAAAGUGCUAGUUGCUGGUGGAUUUUGUAUUGUUUAUCUAAAUAGUGCCGAGUUGUAUGAUCCGUCAACAGGAAAUUGGACAAGCACUGGUACUAUGAAUUUCGGACGAUAUUAUCACACAUCAUCUUUAUUAGCAAAUGGGAACGUGUUAGUUGCUGGCGGAUAUGGUAGUGCUGAUCUAAACAGCACAGAGUUGUAUGAUUCAUCAACAGGAGCCUGGACAAGCACUGGAAGUAUGAAUAUUGCCCGACGCUCGCACACAGCAUCGAUUUUAGCGAAUGGAAACGUCUUAGUUGCUGGUGGAAUUGGUAGCGAUUUUCUAAGUAGUACAGAGCUAUAUGAUCCAUCAACAGGAACGUGGAGAAGCACUGGAAGUAUGAAUUUCGGGCGAGCUGGUCAUACAGCAUCAGUUUUGGCAAAUGGAAAAGUCUUAGUUGCUGGUGGAUUUUCUAAUAAUGGUUAUUCUGUAAAUAUGUUCGAAUUGUAUGACACAACAACAGGAACUUGGACAAGCAUUGGUAGUAUGAAUUUUGGCCGAUAUGACCACACAGCAUCCGUAUUAAGAAAUGGAAAAGUGUUAGUUGUUGGUGGAGUCGAUACUACUUAUCUAAGUAGUGCCGAGUUGUAUGAUCCAUCAACAGGAAAUUGGACAAACACCAGUAGGAUGAAUUUUGGACGACAUCGCCACACAGCGUCUUUAUUAGCAAAUGGAAAAGUGCUAGUUGCUGGUGGAAUUGGUAAUGUUUAUCUAAAUAGUGCCGAGUUGUAUGAUCCAUCAACAGGAAAUUGGACAAGCACUGGUACUAUGAAUUUUGGACGAUAUUAUCACACAGCGUCCGUAUUAGCAAAUGGAAAAGUGCUAGUUGCUGGUGGAAUGGGUAAUGUUUAUCUAAAUAGUGCCGAGUUGUAUGAUCCAUCAACAGGAGCCUGGACAAGCACUGGAAGUAUGAAUAUCGCCCGACGCUCGCACACAGCAUCCGUAUUAACAAAUGGAAAAGUCUUAGUUGCUGGUGGAAUUGGUAGUGGUGUUGUAAGUAGUACAGAGCUAUAUGACCCAUCAACAGGAACUUGGAUAAGCACUGCAAGUAUGAAUUUUGGACGAUAUUAUCACACAGCAUCCGUAUUAACAAAUGGAAAUGUGUUAGUUGUUGGUGGGUAUAGUAGUGCUUAUUUAUAUAGGACAGAGUUAUAUGAUCCACCAACAGAAACAUGGACGAGCAGUAGUAGUAUAAAUUUCGGGCGAGCUGGUCAUACAGCAUCAGUUUUGGCAAAUGGAAAAGUCUUAGUUGCUGGUGGAAUUCGUACUGGUUUUUCAAGUAGUACAGAGCUAUAUGAUCCAUCAACGGGAACAUGGACCAUCACGGGUAGUAUGAAUUUUGAACGAUAUGGCCACACAGCAUCCGUAUUAACAAAUGGAAAUGUGUUAGUUGUUGGUGGGCUUGAUGCCGACGGUUUUUUGGUAAACAGUAUUGAAUUGUAUAACCCAUCAACAGGAACUUGGUCAAGUAUCGUGAGCUUAAGUAAUGCCGGAUCUUAUCAAACAGCAACUGUGUUAUCAAAUGGGAAAGUUUUGGUUACAGGUGGUUACUCAAGCGUUACAACAAGUAGCUGCGAAUUAUAUUAA